UUUGUCAUUGCUUUCUGUAAAAGCCUACCAAACCGACAGACCGGCGUUGAUUGAAGGUUUACGUGAGCACCGGGAGUACAUGUAUUUCAUAUUGGAGCUCCCGAGGAAAGGGAAUAGCAGGUUAGGCUGCUGAAGGAGCACUGAGGUCCGCAUAGGGUGGAACCGUUAGGUGAGCCAGUCUCAACGGGUUUAGCGAGAGAGAAGCUUUCCGGACGGGUUUCUUGAGGGCCAGACCUGGCGGAACACAAUACCUGGAAGCUCAAGCUGUCGACUGAGCCAACCUGAAGGCUGACCCUGCCAAACUGGGUAGCCCUGGCCCUCAAAGGUUGACUCGGUGGUCUUGCCGUGCCCACGAAGCACCAUGGUGGAAACGGACAAGUUUAAUUAUGUGUACAGUUGUGACCUGGACAUCAACUUACAGUUGAAAAUAGGAAGCCUAGAGGGAAAGAGGGAACUUAAAAGUUACAAGGCACUGCUGGAGGACCCCAUGCUAAGGUUCUCUGGACUAUAUCAGGAAACCUGUUCAGAUCUAUAUGUCACUUGCCAAGUAUUUUCUGAAGGGAAACCUUUGGCCCUUCCUGUCCGCACAUCCUACAAGCCCUUCAGCACCCGGUGGAACUGGAAUGAAUGGUUAAAGCUUCCUGUCAAGUACCCUGACCUGCCACAGAAUGCCCAGGUGACACUGACAGUGUGGGAUGUGUACGGUCCAGGGCGAGCUGUGCCAGUCGGAGGUACCACUGUCUCACUUUUCGGAAAGUACGGCAUGUUUCGGCAAGGGAUGCAUGACCUAAAGGUAUGGCCAGGAGUAGAAGGAGAUGGCGGGGAACCCACUCGGACACCAGGAAGAACAAGCAAUAGUGUCACAGAGGACAAGAUGGGCCGACUAGCCAAGCUGACAAAGGCUCAUCGUCAGGGUCAUAUGGUGAAAGUGGACUGGCUUGACAGACUCACGUUCCGUGAAAUUGAGAUGAUCAACGAGAGUGAGAAGAGAAGCUCAAAUUUCAUGUAUCUUAUGGUGGAGUUUCCACGGGUUAAGAGUGCAGAUAAGGAGUUUGCUAUUGUCUACUACGAGAAGGAUGGAGAUGAAUCAUCCCCACUCAUGAGCAGUUCAGAGAUUGUGAAGGUCCCAGAUCCUCAGAUUUCCAUGGAGAACUUGGUGGAGAGUAAGCACCAUAAGUUGGCUCGCAGUUUACGCAGUGGACCUGCAGACCAUGAUCUAAAGCCCAAUGCUGCAACACGUGACCAGCUUAAUAUCAUUGUUAGCUAUCCGCCAACCAAACAGCUGACAUCAGAGGAGCAAGAUCUGGUAUGGAAGUUCCGGUAUUACCUCACAACUCAGGAAAAGGCUCUCACCAAGUUCUUAAAAUGUGUCAACUGGGCUCUACCACAGGAGGCCAAACAGGCUCUAGAGCUGCUAGGGAAGUGGAAACCGAUGGAUGUUGAAGAUUCCCUUGAGUUGCUUUCUUCGCAAUUUACCAAUCCUACUGUUAGACGCUAUGCUGUGGCCAGAUUACAACAAGCCGAUGAUGAAGACCUACUGAUGUAUCUGCUACAGCUGGUUCAAGCACUGAAAUAUGAAAAUUUUGAUGACAUUAAAAGUGGCUUGGAACCCAUGACUAAAAGAGACAGCCAAGGAGGUCUGACAGGCAGUGUGGUCUCAGGAGUUGCAGAUGCUGAAAGUUCACAGAUACUGGCAAGUCCAGCCCCUUCCCCACCUCUCAGUACUUCCAGUACCAAAUGGAAGGAAGGCAGCGACAGUGACAGUUCAGAGCCAGACCUGUGUACAUUUCUCAUCUCACGUGCCUGUAAGAACUCUACACUCGCCAACUAUCUCUAUUGGUAUGUAAUUGUUGAGUGCGAGGAUCAAGAUACACAGCAGAGGGAUCCCAAGACACACGACAUGUACCUCAAUGUCAUGAGGCGCUUUAGCCAGGCACUUUUGAAGGGUGACAAGAGUGUUCGUGUCAUGCGCUCCCUUUUGGCGGCACAACAGACCUUUGUUGAUCGGCUAGUGCAGCUCAUGAAGGCUGUGCAACGAGAGAGUGGCAAUCGCAAAAAAAAGAUGGAAAGACUACAGUCUUUGCUGGCAGACAAUGAAAAGGUGAAUCUGUGUGAAAUAGAGCCUAUACCUUUGCCACUGGAACCUCAGAUCAAAAUUAGAGGAAUCCUUCCAGAGAAGGCCACUCUGUUUAAGAGUGCCCUGAUGCCAGCAAAGUUAAUAUUUAAGACAGAAAUUGGAGGUAGCUAUACAGUUAUCUUUAAGCAUGGGGAUGAUCUUAGACAAGAUCAGCUAAUCCUGCAGAUCAUUUCUUUGAUGGACAAGCUGCUUCGAAAGGAAAACCUGGACCUCAAGUUAACUCCAUACAAGGUGCUGGCCACAAGCACCAAACAUGGAUUCAUGCAGUUUAUUCAGUCUGUCCCCGUGGCUGAAGUUCUGGCAACAGAGGGCAGCAUACAGAAUUUUUUCCGGAAACACGCUCCAAGUGAAAAAGGACCUUAUGGCAUAAGUGCUGAAGUGAUGGACACCUACGUGAAGAGCUGUGCUGGCUACUGUGUUAUCACUUACAUUUUGGGUGUUGGUGAUAGACACCUGGACAACCUUCUUCUCACAAAAACUGGGAAGCUCUUCCACAUUGAUUUUGGCUACAUCUUGGGACGAGACCCUAAACCUCUUCCACCCCCUAUGAAACUAAGCAAGGAGAUGGCUGAAGGAAUGGGUGGCAUGCAGAGUGAGCAGUACCAAGAAUUCAGGAAGCAGUGCUACACUGCAUUCCUGCAUUUGCGCAGAUAUUCCAACCUAAUCUUGAACCUCUUCUCCUUGAUGGUAGAUGCCAACAUCCCAGAUAUUGCUCUGGAGCCUGACAAAACUGUAAAAAAGGUACAGGAUAAAUUCCGACUGGACCUUUCAGAUGAAGAAGCAGUGCAUUACAUGCAGAGUUUGAUCGAUGAAAGUGUUGGAGCGCUCUUUGCAGCUGUCGUUGAGCAGAUACAUAAAUUUGCACAGUACUGGCGGAGGUAGGCCCAUUGAGGACAAAUGCACAACUUGCACUAAUUCUCCAAUGAUCGGGGCAGCAGCACAUCGUCAGCAGUUUGAGAAGAGGACCUCACCAGAGCGGGAGCCCGGUCUUCCGAAGCAAUGGAUUAAACCGCCUCCAUCGUCUUCUCCUGAGUAGAUAAAGUGAAGGAGCAAGGGGGUGCACACCAGGCCCAAACCACUGGGGUCAAUUGCUGAGAACUUUUUUUCAUAGCAUCUAAAGUGUUCCCUCAUGUUGCCAUUUUUAUGUAAUAAAAUAUUUGAUAGUCUGUUCCAGACACAUUAUAUAAACCAAGCCAAACUCAA